AUGGCCCUGUCUCAAAGCCGCCGGCUCCGUGUGCACGCUCGCAAAUACCAUCGUCAUGCUCACAAGUCGCUGGUGAUCAGCCGGUACUCGCAGAGAGCAGACCACUUCGACAAAGCCGCCGUGCGGAAGCACGCUGCCCAUGUGGCUGCAUGGAUCGCCUAUGGUCCCAAAGGCUGGCUUCCAGACCUCGACGAGCUACAGCUCCUGAGGAAGUUUAUUGACAAGAUGGGCGCGGGGCUGUUGCCUUCUCGUUUGAGGGAGGUGCUUCCUGAGGCGCUGGCUGCGCUACAGCUGGCCCUGGCAAGAAGACAGGUCGGCGAGAAUUGGAAGGUGGCGGAGCAAGGGCUCCAAAAGAGUCUCCUGAAGUUCCGCUGCUGCCGAAGGCAGGCGGACGCCGCGGCCGACGCUGCACAAGACGUGGUUGCAGUUUCCGACUGCGCCUGCACGGACUCAGGUGGGCUGCAACCUGACAGCGACGUCGUGCUGGUAGACUCAGACCUUGAGGCAUCUACCCAGCACUUGCAGCUCGUCAGCAAGAUGAACGAGUGGGGUUUCCUGGAUGACGCUCAGAGGCUGGAGCGGCUCCAGCAGGCGGAGGAGGCGGCCAGGUGCCCGCUGAGGAGGCUUAGCCAGGCUCAGCUAUUCGAGGUCGUCAACACAGCGGCGGCAGCACUUGCAGCUCCGCGCAGGCAGGCGAGGCAGCGAGAACUUGACUUGGAAGGAUCAAGUGAGGCAACAGCAUGUGCGGAGCCACAAGGUCCGAAAGCUGAUCUGCAACGGCGGGUGCGGAAGCUGUUGCUGCACGCCCUGCACUUGUGGCGCACGAAGCGGUAUGACUGCUCCGCGAUAGAGCACGUGCUCGACUUUGUGCAAGGGAAGAUCGAGAAGUUCGAAGACAAGGUGGGAGAGAUUGAAGGAGCUGCUGCUGGGGCGAUUUGGUCUUCCAUCAAGCAGGCCGUCAACGACAUGCUACCCUCUGCCGAAGAGAAAGGGCAAUGUGGUGAUCUUCCUGCGGGCAAAGCUGCGGAUGACAAAGCAACGGACGGGUUCAUGAAGCGCCUAGAUCGACAAAGUGGCAUCCAAGGCAUCUGCUGGAACAGGUCCACACCCGGCUGGAGGGUCGCAUGGCGCGAUGGCGGUAGGCAGCGAGCUGCCUUGUUCUCCGUCGCGCGAUUCUUGAAGCAGGGCCUCAGCGAAGAGGCAGCUGAGCAGGCUGCCCUGGAGGAGGCGAAGGCCCACCGGGAAGAGCUGGUGCGCCAGGGCAAGCUGCAGCCCUCGAAGCCCAGCACCUCCAUCGGCUCUUUUGUGCGGGGCGUGUUUUUCAGCAAGGAGCACCAAAAGUGGAGGGUCCAGUUUCCAGAUCCAUCUCGCGCCAAGAAGGGCAUCUCCUGUGGCUACUUUGCCACGCAGAGGGAGGCCGAGGCAAAAGCUCGGGAGAUGGCUCAGAAGUUUGGCGUGCCAGCCGAGACAGAAGUGGUGCCAGUGCAAAAGCUUUCAGAGCUCCCCCACUUCCAGCCCCUUGGCCCGCAGAAGGGGGUGAAGUGGCGAACCGGCGAGAAGGGCUGGCGCGCCAGGUAUAAGACGGCCAGUGGCAAGGAGCUGGUCAAGAGGUUCCUGCCCAAAGACCUGUCGGACAAGGAGCUGAAGAAAGCCUGGGACAAGGCGGUGGCCUGGCGCGAGAUGGAGAAGCUUGGCAUCACCAUCGAGCUGGUGAACCUGGGCGGUGGCUUCGGCAUUCCCUAUCGGCCCGAGGAGACGGUGAUCGAUGUGAAAUCAGUGGGGGCCGGCAUUCACGAGGUCUACAAGGAGCUGAUCACAGACAAGAACCUCGGUGCUGUCCGGGUGGUCACGGAGUGUGGCCGAUACGUCACAGGACCCAGCGGCUUGCUCUUCACGCGAGUGGUGCACCGCAAGAAGAUCUACAAGAACUACGUGGGCGUUGAUGCAUGCAUGGCCAACCUCAUGCGCCCUGGCAUGUACAACGCCUACCAUCACAUCACCGUCGUGCGAAACCCAGAACCGGUGGAAGGGCUUCCCAAGAAGGACGCCGACAUGCCGGACAACAGCAAGGACCUCAUCACGAAGUCUGGCAUCUACGAUGUGGUUGGUGGACUUUGUGAAAACAACGACAAGUUCGCCAUCGACCGACAGCUGAACAUCGACCCCCAGCCCGGCGAUGUCGCCAUCAUCCACGACGCGGGCGCUCACGGGCACUCCAUGGGCUUCAACUACAACGGAAAGCCACGCUCUGCGGAGUACUUGUACAGGCCGAAACAUGUAAGCCUCUGGGUGUUCUUAAGGACGACGAUCAGGUACGAAGUCUAG